AGAAAGUUGGCAGACCUCGAAGUAUAUAUACAUCCCCUCACAUCCCAAGCUUUCACUCAGAUUUUCUCUCUUUUUUCCUCCUCGGCUUCUCCUUUACCAGAAGGGGAGAAAAAAAAACCCAAUUAGACACACAAAUCUCUCUUUCUCUGUCAAUACACAUAUUCAUUGUUAGUCUCCUGCUGCCUCUGUGUGGUUGGCAGAUGAGGGUAGAGUAGUAGAGAGAAAAGUUAAGAGAGUUGGUUUCUUGUUUUGUCUUUCGUUCAACAGAUCAAUGGAAGGAGGGAUACCUGCAGGCACAAAUUCAUCAGCCUUUAGGGAAUGCUUCUCUCUGGCUUGGAAGAAUCCUUUUAUUCUUCGCCUUGCUUUUUCUGCAGGCAUUGGAGGCCUUCUCUUUGGCUAUGACACAGGAGUUAUUUCUGGAGCCCUUCUUUAUAUUAGAGAUGACUUCAAGUCUGUGGACAGAGAAACUGUGCUGCAGGAGAGCAUUGUAAGCAUGGCAGUUUCAGGAGCAAUCAUUGGAGCAGCAAUUGGUGGAUGGUUAAAUGAUCGGUAUGGAAGAAGAAGUGCAAUCCUCCUUGCAGAUAUCCUGUUUUUCAUUGGAGCUCUAGUCAUGGCUGCUUCUCCUGGCCCAGCUCUUCUCAUUGUCGGUCGAGUUUUUGUUGGACUUGGUGUUGGAAUGGCAUCAAUGACAUCUCCUCUGUACAUUUCAGAGGCUUCUCCUGCAAAAAUCAGAGGUGCCCUAGUCAGUACUAAUGGAUUUCUAAUCACUGGUGGCCAGUUUCUUUCAUAUCUCAUCAACUUGGCCUUUACUAAGGCACCUGGAACAUGGCGGUGGAUGCUUGGGAUUGCCGGAGUUCCAGCUUUUCUGCAGUUCAUUCUAAUGCUGCUACUUCCCGAAUCGCCUCGCUGGCUGUACCGAAAGGGAAGGGAAGAAGAAGCCAAAGCCAUACUGAGGAAAAUAUAUCCAGCUGAUGAAGUUGAAUCAGAAAUUCAGGACCUUAAGGUAUCAACUGAGAAAGAAAUUGAGGAAGAAGGAGAUCCUAAGAACAUUAACCUCAUCAAACUAUGCAAAACCACAACUGUGAGAAGAGGACUCAUUGCUGGUGUUGGCCUUCAGGUUUUCCAACAGUUUGUGGGAAUUAACACAGUUAUGUAUUAUAGCCCCACCAUAGUUCAGUUGGCUGGUUUUGCAUCAAACCAGACUGCUCUGCUGCUUUCGCUUGUGACUGCUGGCCUCAAUGCGUUGGGUUCUAUUCUGAGCAUAUACUUCAUUGACAGGACUGGGAGGAAGAAGCUUCUCACUAUCAGUUUGGUUGGGGUGAUACUUUCACUUGGUCUUUUAUCAGGAAUUUUCCAUGAGACUACAACUCAAUCACCAAUGAUUAAAGCGACUGAAUCUCGCUAUGGAAAUUAUACCUGCCCUGAUUACAGUUCAGCAAUGAAUGCUGCUUCCUGGGACUGCAUGAAAUGCUUGAAGGCCACACAUCCAGAUUGUGGGUUUUGUGCUUCAUCUUCUGAUAAGCUACUGCCUGGGGUGUGUUUGAUUUCAAAUGACAAAGUGAAGGAUCUCUGCCAUGGAGACCACAGAGAAUGGUACACAAGGGGAUGUCCAAGCAAAAAUGGAUGGGUUGCACUAAUAGGCCUUUCACUCUACAUCAUAUCCUUCUCUCCUGGAAUGGGUACCGUUCCGUGGAUAGUCAACUCUGAGAUCUACCCUCUAAGGUUCAGAGGAGUUUGUGGAGAAAUAGCUGCCACAGCAAACUGGAUAUCAAAUCUCAUAGUUGCACAAUCCUUCUUAUCAUUGACACAAGCUAUUGGAACUGCUUGGACAUUUCUAAUAUUUGGGUUUAUAUCUGUAGUUGCCUUGGUGUUCGUCUUUGUCUGUGUGCCUGAAACAAAGGGGCUACCAAUUGAGGAGGUUGAGAAGAUGCUGGAGCUCAGAUCUCUGCACUACAAGUUCUGGGAAAAGAGGUCCGAACCAUUCAAGAAAAAACCAGAAGUCUGAUUAGAGGAACCUUGGAAAUUUAAGAAUGAAGAUUUGCCAAGUGUAUAACUAAUCUAAACUCGAGAUGUACUGCAGUUUCCUGAAUGAUGGAAUAGACAGUUCACCUGCAUUCAAGAGUAGUUAGAAAUCUGAAAUUUUAUAUAAAUGUAAUUCACUAGAAUCAGAUAUCUGCAUAUUUUGAGAGUGGGUAUCUGUAUACUAGUGGAUGUAAAAUUCAGAUUGGAGUCUGUAUCCCCUUGGCAGUCUGCUUCUUUAGUAUGAUAUUAAUAGAAUUGGAAGCAGAUUUCCAUCUUCUAGUCAUCUUGAGGCGCAUAUGAAUAUGUAGACGUUUUCAUAAUAAAAUAAAAAUAUACUGUCACUGAAAAAAUUAUUACAAGGGGUUAGAUGUUAUAUUGUAGAAACCUCCCUGGAUUGGGACAAGCUUUUGUCUCUCGCCUUUGAAGCGGACUGAGAUUUACAUCCAUUAUCAAGAAUAGAUGGAUUUUCUUGGUUCGAGUUUUUCUAAUAAAUGCCAUCUUUUCUUGGUUUGAGCUUUUCGAAGAUUUUUGU